ACUAAGACAUGUACUGAAACAAGGAUAAAUAUAAAUGGUAGUUUAAAAAAGUUAUGCGUCUGCUUUUUUUUUCUCAAGUCUAGGAAAAACGCAAAAAUAGAUAAAUAGUCGUAAAACAAAUAAAGAGAAUUAUGGCUAUAAUAAAUUCAUUAUACUUAUAUUGUACUGGGUGGAAAGCAACACAACAAACAUAUCAGUAUUGUAGAAAUCCUUUACAUCAUCAUAAAAAGCUUUUCAAUCCAAGACAAUGUGGGUCGAAUUCAAUUCAUUUACUAUCAAGACUUAUUUCUAAAAGUAAUAAUGGAAGUAUUUAUGGUUGUAAUAUGCGUAACAACAAUCAUACUGAUAAUAUUAGUAAUUCCAAAAAUUCAAAAACAAUAAAUUCAAGUUAUCCAACAAGUAUCAUGAACUGUGAACAAGACUCAUUACGAGACAUUAAGUUCUGUUCCAAUUAUUCUGAAAAUACAAAGUUUGGAUUAAUGAAAAUUAUACGUACUUGUAAUCUAAUGGGUUUUCUAUUAAAUGAUAAACAAAUUUGUUCAAGGCAUUUUGAAUUGAUCAAAUUAUUUAUGGAACAGUUACAAAUAGUAAUAAAACAUUUAGAAAAAGAUAUUGAUAAUAAGUUAAAAAACUUAGUAAAUUUUAGUAUAGAUAUAUUUUCGGAGAAAAUUGUCAGUAAAGGAUCAAAAUAUUUGAGGACUAUAAUUAAUUGUUCCGAAUGUGGUGAGAAAUCUUUCAUAGAUUCUCCAUUAAUAAAACAAUUCAAUAAUGCAUCAUUCAGCAUUGAACAUUGUAAUCAUUACCAUGAUUCAACAAAAUUAGAGCAAUCAAAAUUGCAGAACUGCACACUGAAUGAUAAUAAAAUUAAAAGUCAUUCUAAUUGUAAAACAAACAGAUUUUUGAGCCAUCUUUUGUCGCAUACAAAGAUAGAUUGUCAUCAACUGGCAGAUGUAACAUAUUCAGAUUCUUCCUUUCAAGUUUAUCCAACUAAGUGUGUACUUGAAUCCAUAUCAUCAUUGUCUUCUGACUCAUGUUCAUUACCUCUAUUCUGUUCCACUAACUACUUGUCCUCCUCUUCCUCUUCAUCAUCAUCAUCAUCAUCAUCAUCUACAUUAUUGUCACCUUUAUCUUCACCACUUACAUAUUCGACUUGUACAUCAGUCUCCAACAAUUCAGUUCAAUCACCAGAAGAAGAAACUGCAGAAAACUUAAAUUUUAAACAAAUCGCAGCUUAUCAUUGUCAAACUUUAAACGAUUUAAAUAAACAUGUAGGACUUGAAAAUAAACAGAUUAAUGAUAAGCUGUUUGUGUAUCAUCCAGUUAAUUUUAAUGACGAGGAAUACAAGAAACAAAAUAGUUCAUCGAAAAAAUCUGUGGGAGAGCAGAAGAUUCACCUAUGUUUAUUUAAUAGCAAAUCUCACAUGAGAAACUCUCCAGUCCAUGGUUAUUCACAGCAAUAUUCAAAAAGAAACAAACAGAGUGAGAUUGAAAGUUGUAAAAUCAAUCUGAAUGAAAUUUAUCCUCAUGCAGUUUCACGGCGACCAAGUGUACGUGAUAUUUUAAGUCAACGAAAAAACGUUCAUGCACAUUGUGAAAAGAACCAACAACAAGAUAAGCAACAAAUCCAUUUGUUUGAUCAAUCUUCUAAAAAUUGCACUGAUGAUAACAUAUUUAAAAGUAUAAAAACUAGCUUCUGUAUAUCAAAUGGCCAUAUCGAUUGUCAUCAUUCUAAUUUAUGUCUAAGUCGUUCAGAUUAUUUAUUUUCUGAAAAUAAUUUAAAUAUGGGUGUUGUAGCACCGCCAAAUUUGAAUCCAUUUGCAUCAUAGAGUUUUCAAUUUAUGAAAUGAUAUACUUAUAUUUCGGUUUCUAAUGAAUGUAUUAGUUGUUCUGUUAUGUUCAUUUAGAUGUAAUCCUUAUUCUUCUUAGUUUCACAGUUGAAAGCAAUUAUUUUAUUAUUCAACAUAAAUGGCAUACAGUGAUGACUUCUACUUAAGCAUAACCAUUCUUAACUGUUUUCAUAGUCGUAUUAUGAAUUGGUCACAAUCAUCAAGUGAUUUUACCAUGACAACACUGAAUAUUGAGCAUUGACGCAGCAUCUGGCAUACUGCUUCUUUUUCGUUGAAUUUAAUUGAUUACUCUGAUGUAAACAAUUAGAAGAAAAUAGGGAUUUGAUCUUCAUGGAAUGUUUAAUCAACAAUCUACGGUUAAGUGCUUGAUUCGAAUCUACUUUUAUUCAUUGUACUUUUUAUACUAACGAAGAAAAAUAACGUCGUAAAAGUACAAAAAAAAGAAGAGAAGCUAAGGUUGCUAUCUCUGUACUUUCUAUUUAUGUUGUUAUAAUGGCAAUAGUUAUUUGCUUGGCAAUGGUUUAACAAAAAUCCCUUUGUAAAUUAUUGUACCAUCAUUCAGAGAUAUAAUUACUAAUAAAAUCACAUUCACACAUAAAUACAUAAGGACAUUAACACAUACAUCUAUGCACAUAUUACUAAACUUAUUUUUUUGAUGACUACUGAAAUUUGAUCUUGUUAACUUUACUAAAAUAUAAACACAGUUAUCAGAGAAUU